ACUAGUUACAUUUUUAUAUUACCUGUUCGUGUAGUUAGUUACAACUGUUUUAAAAUAUAUCAAAAUGAAAAAUGUAAUUUUCAAAAAUUUUCAUGGAAUUAUAAAGUCAGUACACGUGUGCCAUUGUAGACAUGUAAAAUAAUUUGUAAUUGUUAAAAAAAAAAACUACUAACAAGUGAAGCAAUUUUAUAUAAAAAAAAGUUAAGGAGAUUACAUAUUUUUUUUUAAUUCGACAAAUAAAAUAGUUGCAAAGAGCAAAGGAACAUUUUUGUAAUCAGGCGAAGGCGCACAAUCAAGCUCGCGCUCGCGCUCACAGCCGCUAACGAUUAAGGGUCACGAAUUGAUCCCGAAACUAGUCGAGUUUUUUUGUGUUAAUUACACGUAUUGAUUUCAGAUGUGUUUGUUACGUCACAAUUGUGUAUUGUACCUAUUUAUAAUAUCAACAUGGAUUCAAAUAAAUGCGGUAGAAUCGCCGGGUACAGUGAAAGAGUUUUUGAACACUGCUACUGGAAAUGAAAGCGUUGCUGACGUGUUGUAUGAUGUAUCAACAUUAAAAAGUAACGGAUUAAUUGAUUAUAGAGUUGACAAUGGCAAAGGGAAUAGAUCAUUAAAUGCAGGUUCAAUAGCGAAUAUAUUUACAAACAAUACAAGCAUUACCAAAUCAUCUAUUGACAGAAUAUUAUUCGAUUCAAGUGACCAUACGCCAGAAGAACAUUUGGAGAACAUUUUAAGCGUACUCAAUUAUAUGCUUGCUACUCAAGAUUCUAUAUACAUCGAAGAAGUCGAUGAUCUAUUAACGGAAAUAGACGUACUUCUAAACGAGGUCACCUAUGAGGUAUUUCCUCCUGGCUUUGUAUCUACUCUGGAUACAUUAUCAUCUAGAUUGGUUCUGGAAGGUUCAAGAACGAGUUCGAUAAUUCGAGACAAUUUAGCCAUACUGAUGGUAAAUUCUUCACCCCAAAAUGGAUUUAGGGGGCUGAGAAUCGUCAGUACAGGAUCUAAUACAUUUUCUGAUGAAUCAUUUGAGUAUAUUACUGUUAAGGACCCGAGUCAUCUUACUCCAGACGCAAGUGAUGCUGUGGUGUACUUGCCUGAGAGGUUUCUAGAUGUAACUGGCAGGAUAAGCUUCGUGGUGUUGCGCGAUGAUAGGAAUUACGGUCAAUUCAAUCUUCAGGACGACCGGCCGUUCAUCACUAGCCGAAUUGUCAGCGUCAAUCUACCGGGAGAACAGUCUGAUGAUGACUUAACGAGUUUCUACUUUAAGGAUAUAGUACAUACAGAUGGUAUGUACGCAGACGAAGUGAAAUGCGUCAGUUGGGUGCAAGUUUUAGCGUCUCUGCCGGGUAUAUGGACUCAGACAUUCUGUGAGAGCAUACGGCCGACCGAAGCGGGCAUGUUGCAUCGGUGCGACUGCAGCAUCACACCACACACGGCCAUAUAUCUGGACCUGAGUUCUGUUACAACUACGACGGAAGCGACCACUAUGGAGACGACUGAAGACUUAACGAUUACAGAUACAAUAGAUUUAACGACCACUACAGAUGUUACGCCUGAGUUGACGGAGAUAGAAUUACGAAUUUUGUUAAUAAUAGAAGAAAUCAAAGAGCUGCUUGGUAAAGGCGAUUCUAUAUACAUUAUUGACGUUGACGAUAUAUUGGACGAGAUCAACGAUCUUCUGGGAAUUGAGGAGGACGUGGUAUUCCCUGGUGAAUUGCUUACAUUGCUCGAUGACCUCGGUACUAGAAUACACUUGAAUGGUACUCUAACGGACAUGAUAGUGAAGGACAACAUUGCUUUCUUGGCAGCGGAUGUUGGCCAUUUUAAUCCUGUGAUCGGACUGAGGGUGGCUACCAGGGAAGUGGAAGCUUUCAUGACAGAAGCAUUUGAGUUCCUCGUGGAUGUCAACAUAUCGCAUUUACUUGCUAAACGGACUGAAGCCGUUGUGGAUCUACCAAGGUCUGUGCUGGAUUCUCCUAGACGUAUCAGUUUUGUGGUGUUCCUCACUAACCGCGCCUUUCAAUACGAAGGUGCAAACGUCAUCAACAGCCGGGUGAUCAGCAUCAAUGUUGUUAACUUGACACAAUUCGACAAUGAGGUAGUGAAACUACAUUUUAGGCCAAUGGAAGAACCGGAAAGGGAAACGAAACGUUCCUGUGGUUAUUGGCAGUUCCAGCCGGAUGGUUCCGGGUAUUGGUCGCAAGAAGGAUGCAUCUUUGUCUCCUCAACUAGUUCAUUCCUUCUGGAUACAUGUCUAUGCGACCAUCUCACCCAUUUUGCUGAAAUAUUAAUACCACGACCCAGGUUCUCGGAGUCUGACGAAAGAAUAUUAGAAUUAUUAUCUAUAAUUGGUUGUGGCUUAUCAAUCUUUGGUGUCACCUUGAUUGCGACCACUGCUUUCUUGUUUAAUACCUGGCGUUCAGUAUUUCGCAAUCGUAUGUGGCUUCAGUUAUGUGUUGCAUUAUUGAUUCUUUCGCUUUGUUUUUUAUUAGUGGCGUUUGUUAAAUACGAUCAAUACAGCUUUUCAUGUUUGGUCACUGGAGUUGUUUUGCAUUACUCCCUGUUGGCAUCGUUCUGUUGGAUGUUGGUGGUUGCCAUAAUUGCUUAUUUCGACAUGGUUGCAGUUCAAUACACCAUUGCAAAUUUUAGUAGUAUACCCAAUAAAUUACUAAUAACAUCAGGUUUUUCUUGGGCAGCCCCCGCAGUCGUUAUUGCUAUACUCCUUCUAAUUUCUCCAAAGUCUUACGUGAGACGUUUCGAAGAGAUGGCUCCUAGUGGCAGUUUCUGCUAUCCUUCGGGACUUGCUUUGUGGUUGUCAGUUUACGCGCCCAUUGCAAUUAUAUUGGUGGUUAAUUUCCUUGUAUUUAUAUAUACAAUUGGGCAUGUAACUUGGAGUAUGCGUAAUAGAAAUUUGGGAAAACAAAAGAUGGAUAGUAUGCAGGAAGCAAUAAGAUGUGCUAGAAUCGGGCUCGUUCUUAUGUUUUUGUUCGGUUUGCCGUGGAUAUUUGGACUGUUCGCGUACAAAGUGAUUUGUGCAUAUGUUUUUACUGUCACCGUGACAACUCAAGGAUUCCUCCUGUUUCUAUUUAUUGUAUGUGGUAAUAAUGAUACUAGAAAUAUGUGGUAUAAUAAGAUCAAAUUUACAACUAAAUAUAGGCGGCGAUAUUCACAGCGUACUAUGCAAAGUGAAAAUCCAUAUUAAUAUUUUAAAGCCAGUUGGAAUUUUGCAACCAGAAUUGGACUAGGUACUAAUAUAUUAUUUAUUUAAAAACUACAUAAUAAGAUAUAUGUACAUAAUGUGUAAAUAGCAUGUAGUAAUUAUUUAGGCUAAGAUUAACUUCGAGGAACGAAUAGCUCUGUUUUUAUUUUUUAUUAAUUGUAAUCAUUUUCAUUUGUUUAUAAAUAUAUUUUAAUGAAAUACUACGUUAUAUAUAAUAUACCAUGAUUCAUUUUAUUUCAAUUAAAUUUAUUUACCUUUAGGCAGUUGUGCUCAAUGAAUUUAAUAAAAAAAAAAAAUUGCAUUACAUUUGUAACAUAGAUUGUUUACAAUAAUAGUACUCGUAAAGCAUCUAUAUGUAUAUAUAUAAAUUAACUAUAAUACUAUAUAAACUACUUAUAAAAACUGCUUAUUUUAAUGUACGGAUUUUAUAUUAAAAAAUAAAACUUCUUCACUGAGUAGCAAGAUUUUUAAAAAACAAAUUUAUGUAAAGACAUAUGACAUUUGAGGUUAAAUCAGCUGUAAGAUUUUGUUCCAAAUCACAUCCAUAUAUAAAUAAAUUUACCUAUAUAAAUUGAAAAUGUUGUACCUAUAUUCAAAUAAUAAGUCUACGAUUUCAUGGAAGGUGUUCAGUACGUGGUCAUGGCUGGAAAGAAGCCAUAUAGUAUAUUUAAAAAAAGAAAAAGAAUGAUUUGAAUUUUUGCAUACCAUUCUUGUAUCUCUUUGUGUUUUUUUUUGUAACCAUAAUUUUGUUAUGUAAAUAAAUAUAAAAGACACUAGUGGAACUAUAAAAGUGGUAUCAUUUUGGAGUACGUCGUCUAGUACGAAGAAGUACAGUAUAUUAUAUUGUAAGAGUGUACUGUAAAUUCAAUGGAAAAAUAGGGAUUAACAUGUCAUAUUUAUUUUAUAUACAUUGUAUUAGUCCAAUCAUGUCUAUAGGGGACGGUUACCGCUUUUCCAUCAGAUGGACGUCAGCUUGUUUGCCAUUUUAAGUUGCAUAAAAAAUUUAAAAAACAAGAAGUUGUGGACUAUCUUUCUAAGUUAUUUUCAAAUGCUUUAUUCUCAAAUGAUAUAGUUACUUUGUCUGUACUAUCGUAAGCAAUUGUAAUCUGGUAAUAAUAUUUUAUAGUAGAAGGAUUAUUGUACCUUAUUCAUAACGCCUGCCAUAUUUAUCAACAAUAAUUCACCAAAUUACAUCAUUAGUAUUCCA